UGAGACUUGAGUAAUUAUUUUGCCUCAGAAAAAGCAUCUUUCUCUUCGAAAGAUAAUAUUAACCUUUCAACCUCGUCCUUCUGACCUCCCACAUUGUCUGAACAUUUCAUGAGCCUAUAUUAAUAAUUUCUCUGCUUGUUAAAAGGAGCACCUGCCUCGUGACUUCCGAACGAUCUCGGCUUACACCAUGAGGCGUCAUAAUUCUUCCAUCAACUCCCAGGGCAGAGAUUAAAUGGUUUAAUUUGUUUAUACUGGUUGGCGUUUUUUAAGAAGGUUAUUUUCUAUGGGAUGGAACUGCUGACUCCUCCCCUUUUAUCCAUGCUUGAGACCGGCACUAACCUAGAAGAGCUACAGGCCUAGUCCACAAAGGAAAGUCCUCUGCUCAAAGAACGGCAUAAAUACCAAAGAACUAACAUUUAAGUGUUUCUGCCCAUCAGUAUACGUAGUUUAGGGUUUAAGUAAAUAUUAAUUGUACAUUGAAGUUCUUCGCAACUACUUUAGUUUAUCGCGUUAUCCGUUUAGUGUAAGCAGUGGUUGAAUACCAUGUUUCCAUAUAAAAUUUCAUUUAUAUGAGCUUAUUUGUGGCUAUAGAUGUAAAGUUAAUAUUUCAUUUUGUGGGAUAGUGCUUAGUGGGGCACUUCAGUGCACAGCUUUCAGUCUUCAGUAGUGUUUUUGAUUCCGCAUACAAACUACCUUUUUACUCCCAUAUUACCAUUAAUCUUGUUAUAUGCUGACAAAAUUAUGAUGUAGAAAGUUAGACGAAGUGGAAAAACUAGUUUAGAAUGCCAGAAAUGUCUACAGAAACUGCAAUCGGUGUAUAUUUUUGUAAGGCAGUUAGUCCUUGAAUUUUGUAUUUGCUAACUAGUGAAUGUAAGUUCAUCAUGCUGCAUAUUGGCCACCAAAGCAUUCAAACGAUUACUAGGGAGUCUUCGAUAAAAAAGUUUAUGUCCAUUGCGUACUUUCGCAAUAACUAUUGAGUCAUAGAACAGUUAGUACCAGAAACUUCAGCACCAUAGAUAUCACAUGCCUUGCUUUGUGUGCCAUUUUUUAACGAUUGAAGCUUGAGUAUCACACACAAUUGAUUUGUUACUGUGUAAGAAAAGAUGGUGGUGUUUUGGAAAUGAUUUAGAGAACUGUGACUAAGUUAACUAUAAUCUCGAAGCUGGUGUAUGACAAGAUAUAGACCUAAAAACAUAUUCCCUUUACUAUACUGAAGUAUUAUUAGUGAUCUCACCACUGUCUCCAAAUUAGCUAGUGAUUUUAUAUCUAGUUCCCCACAUUUUUUGUAUUCCUGGACAAAAAUGUCACGAAACGAAAAUUUAGAGGGCAACAAUUCUUACCUCAGGAAAAGUGAAAAACUCCCUAAUCAGUUGCACUUGACCUAAAUCGUCACUAAACUUCGGUAUGUAGACUUUUCUGAAGAUGGUUCUUGAGUUAUAUACGGAAUUUGAAGUUUAAAAUGGGCUUCCGAGCAAUAUCCCAGUCCUCACACAAAUCGGAUGAUAAACUGUGGCGCAUAUAUAUUUAGUAACUCCUUAUACCAAUGUUUAUGUGUUUCAGCAGAUAAUAAUAAAUGACAAUUCAUCAGCUGGGGGAAGAAUAAAUGCUGACCAAUGUGACUGAAUUAGAGCCAUCACAGGAAUUUUAGUCAUGUUACGGUUGUCGUAUGAGCUACAUCUAUAAAGUCUAAACCUUAGAUAACUCUUAUCAGCAAUUGACUACUGUGCUCUGAUGAUACUUCAACCCUUAUGACAUCAUAUAUCAUCGUAGCCAGCAUGGUAUGGAUUAAGGGGUGAUUAGACUGGAUCUACACAUAUUCUCCCUGUCUCAAUCGAUCAUCGUUCGCAACUUCGUCUACCGACAUACCACCAGUUAGUAGCAGAUUGCACGGUUUCGGUAUCAUCACACAGUACGACAAUAUCAUCUGCACACUCAAGGUCGAAAAGUAUUUCUUCAGGCGACAGAUCUACACCACCAUUACCUACAUCCAUCAAAGCUGUUUCCAGAACGUCAUCGAUGGCAGAGUUGAAGAGGAAUGGCGAGAUUGCGCAACCCUGUUUAAUCCCACUACUUGAAUGGAACAAUGAAGAGAGGUAGUUGUAUGCUCUCACUCUGUCUGAGGUGUUUGUAUGUAGAGUUUUUAAGAUGUUAUUAAACUCAGGCACACCCUUCAAUUGACAGUCUCAGAGGACAGUCCUGUCCAACUUUAUGGUUGUUCUCAAAUGCUGAUCAUCUCAGUUUAGGAGAAAGAUUUGAAAUCCUCUUGUGCUACCCACAGAGAAAUCAUUUUGACCAAUAGUGUUUUUCAAAUAUUAGCUAUACUAAUCCAACGCUGAACUGGGGCUCUUGAACUGAAAACUGGUGAAAACGACUGGUUUUAGUUCGAACAAGGCAGUUUAUUUGAUUGAGUAUUGUUGACAAUUUUCACCUGAACUUUGUGUGGCAAUUGUUGUCUUUAAGCAAUGCACCGAAGGAAUACAUAUAUUUUGCAUAGAUUAUUUACGCAAAAGCCAUCUGUUUAAUCAGGGUUUGUGAGGAAACAGUUAACAGUUAGAAACAUUAAGUGAUGUUCGUUAGGGUGGUUCAUUGUCCUUACUCUUAUAUAGUUUUGUUGCGGCUAUUUUUCUAUCAGUGAUCCUUUCUUCGUUCGUCUUCUCAUGGAUUGAUCUCCUGCAAGGAAAUUCACUUGCCGAUACAGAGUCGACAAACGACAUUACUCUGUUUGGUGAAGACGUUGACAAAACUCAGUCUUCCAAUCUCUCCAAGUAACGAUGGGAGCGUGUUUAGAAGGCGUUCCUCUCUCCCUCUUUAGAUGAAAAAUGUUGCUUCAGGACUGGUCUACGUUGAUGCCUAGACUGAUGAUCAGGGAUAAGGUAGUCGAGCUCGUCGGUCUCUUCCGUUAAGUUAGAAGUCUCACCAGCCCAGGUGAAUUGGUUAGUGACUGAAAAAACUUCGAGAUGGAUUCGGAAAGCCCAACUGAAUUUCGCCAAUUUGUGUCACUUUUGAUGUCAAUCUGUCAAGAAAAAGGGAGUUUGCUUUGAGCAAUCUUCUUUGUUUUACUCGAUGUUUAUGAUACAGUUUUUGGAAGUAGGAGACAUGCGUAGACUACAAACGUUUUAUUGUAGAUAUCUCAGAAAUUCUGAGGUUGGACGAGAAAUACUAGGGGGAGAUGACAACACAGGAUGAUGAAGUAGUGAAUAUUUAUGGAAUGAGGUGAUUGAAAUGUGUAUCAUAUAUACCCAACCGUCAUCUACUCCGGCGCACUUUGUUAGAUGGUUUAGAAGUAGUUUGAAGUGCAGUUAGAGAUGGCCAAACGAAGAUGUGGAAUUAGCCCAUGACAUCAUUGGCUGUUGGACUAAACUGUGUUGAUAGAUACAGACCACGUUGAUAGAUUCCACUUGAAAAUCGCAAUGAGUGAUUGUAGAUGUUGAGUAACAAUGGUCAGAAUCAGUUGUAGUGUCAGAUGUAUUCAUUCUUUAUCUUCCUUUAGGUCUUGAAUUCCGAUGUUCCUUCAUUUCGAACCAUCAUCUCAAUCCUCUGACUCUCUUGCUAUCAUUGAUACUGCUAUUAUUUCAACUUUUCUCCUCGUCUUAAUAAUUUUACCUCGCUGCCCAGCUGUGGUUUGACAACUUUUGGUGAUUCUCAUACGUGUCAUUCUACGAUGGAUAUAACUAAUUGUAAAUAUCUAUUGUCUUAAUUUAUAGUAUGGGAAUUUUUCUGUACAACAGAUUGAUUGAAAUUAACUUUAGCAUGAAACAUAAACGUCAUCUAAACUCCACUUUGGGAUCCCAUAAUGCUUGUGACAUUAGAGACUCUUUGAUAAACACAAUGUCGAAGAUCAAUUAUCUUGGUGUCACCUUUUCCUCUGAUCUCUCUUGGUCUUGUCACGUUUUAUUGUUAUCGAAGAAAGUUUUCCGUCUGACUUACUACAUAAAGAAACUGCAUGCUCUUGGGGUUACUCGUGAUUUGAUCUUACAAUUCGUCAAUUCUUGCAUAUUACCUAUUAUUCCUUACUGUUCUCCAUCAUUCUUUCCCAGACUUUUGAGAAAAGACUUUGCUGUAUUGCGGAGAGUGCUGAAGGCAGUUAACAAGGUGUGUAGUGAAUCUUUCGAGUUCAUACUUAAUAUGGUUGUGGAUAGACAUCUCAAAUCAGGCAAACUCCUGACAGGUGUUAUCUUAUCAGAUACUAACCAUCCCCUUCACUCAUAUCUUUCUCCUUGUAUAUCUUCUGGUAGAACAAGACGUAAUUACAUUAAAAUCCAUGCACGCAAGCAAAAGUAUAAAAGUUCUAUAAUACCUUACCCAGCAAAUAUACUCUGUGACGAACAGAUUGUUAAAGUUAACCUAGUCAAUAACCUGCAUUCUUAAAAUGUCUCGAAUUUUGAAAGUUGUACAGUUUUUCAGAUUUUUUUUCUAACCUUUUUUCCUUCCUUUUUUGUCUUUGUUUUUGUUUUUUUUGUAAAAGAAACUUGUUGAAAUACCUUGUGCUGAGAAUUCUAUAUUGUACCAAAAUAUAAUAUUGAAUAAAGCCAUUAAUAAUAAUAAUAAUAAUUAGCGGUGGUUUUUUUGUUGAUUAUCUCCAACUAUGUGUGGUGGCGGUACAGACCUUAUUAUAACAGUACGAGUUGUUAAUAAGUAUGACAUAAUGUAUAACGCUUAUAUCCUCCACACUUAUCAGUCAUGUCUCAACCCCCACUCCAAAGACCGAAAUAACUCAGAAUACGACCAUCCUCUUAGUCAAUCAGCUCUCUCAUCGGUGAGAUAUGUCGGGAUUUUAAAAAUCAAACUCUCGUCUCAAAUUUUCUUCCUAUGUGGAAAUUGAUCUUGGAGUGACAACUGUUGUGGCAAGUAAAAUGUCAUUUGAUUCUUAUUUAAAUAUUCUUACAUUGAAGUCAGAAAUUAUUAUUCUUCCCUCAUGCUCAUUUUUGUGUUUCUUUCUUAGUUUGUGUCCCAGUGAAGUAGUUUGUUGAUUCAUUGUUUAAUAUCGUCCUGUUGAAUGUUAUGGAUUAUGAAAACGUGCUACUUGUGAAAAAUGAAGUGUUCGUCUAUCAGAUUCUUUCAAGACAGUCUAAUCGGGGUUACAGGGCUAAUAACUGGAACCUAGAAACUCCUAUGUGGACUGGAAGACUUCGUGUUAUCGCCAAAGGUAAAGAUCUCGUAAUACGAUUGGAAGAUAAGAAUUCUGGACAGCUAUAUGCUGAAUGCCCAGUGGACUCAUUUCCUGGGAUAUCCGUUGAACCAGUUAUUGACUCAAGUCGAUUUUUUGUUAUUCGAUUAAUGAAUGAAAAUGGGGAAACUAAAUUUGUAGGGAUUGGUUUCGCAGAACGUGCGGAUUCUUUUGACCUUAAUGUAGCAAUUCAAGACCAUUUCAAAUGGUUAAAACAGGAAAAAGAAGCUAAAGAAAUGGAAGAAAACGCGGGCAACCAACCAGCUAAAGAUAUGAGUUUCAAAGAAGGGGAAAAAAUAAAAUUAAAUCUGAAUACCCGUCGUACAGGGGAUGAUCCAAAUCCCAAAUCAAAAGUUACACGCCCCCUUACUUCUGGAUUAUCGGGUGGUCUACUGCCCCCUCCUCCGCCGCCGGCAGUUUCUCGGUCUCGUGGUAGUCGCGUUGUAGGAGAUACCGCCCCAGUAUCCGGUAACUUAUUUAACAGUGACCCGUCACAACCAAACUAUACAAAUCCUGUGUGCACACCGAACGUUCCAUCGACCACUUCAAACGUCGACCUUCUAAGUGAUUUCCUCGGGAAUUCUGGGCAGUUCUGAAUGCCAUCAAAUCACUACGUGGAGAUAUUCUAUUUUACGCUUCUUACUCAUUCCUCUUUAAUGCUCGAAAUAAGAAGACUGUGUUUAUAGCAUUCUAACAAUAUUUAAGUAAAAGUCUUUCACUUAAAA